GUAAUAUCUACUUACUCUACGCUUGCAAAGUUUUCAAUUAUUUUCCGACUGAUUGGAGAAAUUACGAUGCGUUUAUACGAAAAAAUAUCUGUAGUAAUGUAUUAAAUUUUACAUACGUUUUCGUUGCAUCAUUGCAUACAUAUUUUAUCUAUUCUGUAUUGUAUAUUUGCAGUGCAAAUAAAACCACUGAUCGUAGGAAAUGAGUAAAAUUCUUGAGGAUCGGCCUGAGGAAAGAUAGUUUUUCGAAGUAGUUCAAACACAAUACGGAUCAUGGUGUAGAGUUAACUAUGGAUUAGAGAGUGAUCAUUAAAAAACUGAGAAAAAAGUUUUAAUAUAAUGAAAAACAGACGGGUGGAAUUCUGCAGGUGUUGAGUGAUCAUAGGGUGAAAGAUUUCCUACAUUCCAAGGAAUUUAAACCUAUUUUCCGUUUUACCGUUCCGCUUUGAGAUUAUUUUUUUUUAUUCCAGUCGGUUUUUCACAGGAGUGAAAAAAAUGGGGUAUAUACGGAGCAUAGUAUUAAUUUUUCUUAUAGUACCAUUUUUGUCUGUGAUAAAAGUAUCCAAUGCAUUACAUUUCACCAAAACAUCUAGAACGUUUGCGAAAUUUCCAAAAUGGAAUGCAUGUACCAACAGUUCAUUUAGUUUUGAUUUUAAAACUGGUAACAGCAAGGCCCUGCUCAUGUAUACGGAUGAUAACGGUGGCUUUGAUUACGUCGAGUUAAUGGUUCACGGCGGUGCCGUACGUUUACGUAUGAACAUCGUUGACGGACAUGAAGGCAGCAUCGAAAUCACGUUAGGACGUAACGUAAACGACAGACGUUGGCACAGAGUAGAAGUUCAGAGAAACCGUAUGGAAACAACGUUAUAUCUGGAUGAAUUUCAUGAAAGCAGGGUUGCGUUUGGCUCCGACUUCUAUUUUGGAAAUGUUAGCAGAAAUAAUUUUGUAUAUUUUGGUGGGUUACCCCGGAGUUAUAGAAGUACCUUAAGCAAACUAUCAUUGCCCUCGGUUUAUGCUGAGCCGCGCCUUGAAGGAGAUAUACGAAAUGUGAUUUAUGGUAAUUGCUCGUGCCGCCCCGUGCGGGCAGAGAUGCUGGAAGGGGAGUCGAUCUCACGUGUACCUAUGGAAGGAUGCGAAGUGAAGAAUGAGUGUGGUCGAUGCCUGUGUAUAAGCGGGGAUGACGGACCUGGCUGCCAGUGUCUAGGCUUCAGUUGCCCACAGGGUAAGUUUAAUAGUAUAUUAACGUAUAUUGUACCUGCAAAUAGGUCAAAAUCUUGUCGGUGGUUAUAUUUUAGUCUCGUGAGAUGCACUUUUUACUGUGGUAGUCAGUUUCAUAAAAUGUCGAGUAAAUAA